AUGGUAACAAAUAAGAAAAUUAUUCAAAGUAUUCUUUUAAAACUUUUUCAAUUUAUUAGCUCAAUUUUUAUGAUUUACUGUGUGUACAAUAUUGGACCAUAUUGGAUAUUCACAUUCAUUUUUCUUCUUGUUCCUCUUGCUGGUAUUUAUAUAAUUUUUCGAUUCAUAAAUGACAAAACUGAAAGCAAAGAACAUGAUGUACUGGUCAGUCAAAAGCAGUGGUUUCAAGUUGAGGCUACUACAUGUUUCACUAUGGCUAUUAUUUUUUCGGGCUUUGGAAUUUUAUUAAUUUACGAUUUUCCAACGUGUUUAAACAAUCGGUAUUUGCUACUAGCUGGCUUGAGUUCAUUAUUUAUUGCUUUUCUUUAUGCUACUAAUGGUUUCCUAAAUAUAAAUUUGAUUCAACAAAUUACUGCAAAUAUUGAUGAAAACGAGAAAUGUUCAAAACGGCCUGAAAAUACUAUCAAAAGUGAGCUUAACAAAGUAUCUGAAGCAAAGAUUGAGCAAAUUCAACGAGAUUUUAUGCCAAAAAAUGAUGCAAUUCAUGAAUAUGCAGAAUUACAAAAACAAGAAUUAAUUACCAAUCAAAAUUUGUCUUCGAAUGAUCAAAAUAUAUCAGAUAAUGAUCAAAAAUCUAUAAUAGAUCAACAUAUUGUUGAUUAUAUUCGAAAAGGAACAGAUCAAAAUUCAGAUAAUGAAAUUAAUAAAGAUAAUUAUCAAAAGAAUAUUACUCACAGCAAAAAUAAUUCGAAAGUCAAACUUACGAUAAGUUCAAUGAAAGGUCAUCAAAAUAUAUCUUCAACGAGUAAUAAUGUCGCAAACUUUCAUCAUUUGUUCAAUCAAAAAUUAUCACAAAAUUCGAUCAAAAAAAAUAUCUCGAAACGAAAAGUAACACCUAUUCCAUUAAUUGCUUUUGAAGAAGCUGAAAAGCAUAAUCUCAAGAAAAGUAAAGACCAUUUCAGUGGUCAGUUUUUAACUACAGUUGUAAGUGGUCAAACACAAGAGCCAGUACAUUUUCUCAGGUAUAAUGAUGGAAUAAAUGGUUCACCAAUGCAAUUGAUUCAUUCCGCUACAAAUAAUUUUAAUCAAAGAAACGAUCAAGAAGAAUUAUUUGUUGUUAAAAAUCUCUGUAAAUGUUACGAUCAUAACAUUUUUCAUCAACCUAAUGUACGCCUGAUGACAUCGCGAAAUUACGGUCGUCGAAAAAGUAAUGGGGGGGAUCAACGAAGAUGUCAUUCAAAACAGGAUUCUCGACAUCGAAGAUCAGGUGAUAUUCAACAUCCUUCAUGUACAUAUACGGACUCAGAUGAUGAAGCUUCAUUACCAUCAUCUGCUGCUGAUUACACAGAGUCUGUUAAGUUAUCUUUGAAAGUUUCUAAAUUUGUUAAUUUUAUUGAGCAGACAUUAUUACUUUUCAGAAGCAGGCAUAAAAUAAUAAAUACAUUACGUGAUCAACACUUAUUUACUGAUAAUUCUUCUCUUACAACGUCAAUUGUGACAGCUAUCGAUUCAGGUCGGGAAUCUGAAAUCGUUCGUAACACUUUUCCAAGACAAACAAGUUCAAGAGUUAAACGAAUGAAAAGUGGAGGUUUUGAUGUGAUAAUUCGUACUCAAACAGAUAAUAAACACUUUAAUCCUCGAAGAAGAACACAAAGUUUGUCGUCCUCUUCAUAUGAUAAGCCAAAUGAUGCAUAUUUUGUUAAUAAAUUUUAA